AUGAAUAACGAAGCUAAGCGGAUGCUGUCAGAUGCUCAGCAAAAUGCAACGGGCGCGCCUAUAGCUAAUACGCAGAGCUCUUCUCAAUCUGUACCACUACAAUCUCAAGCUCCACGUCCUGCGCAACAACAGCAACAGCAACAAGUCAGAAGCAAUCAGCCUCAAUACUCACAGGCCGACUUAAAUCGAAUAGUGCUUGACUAUUUAAACAAAAAGGGGUACCACAGAACAGAAUCUAUGCUUCGGUUGGAGAGCACAAACACACCAACCCCAGCAGGCGCCCCUGCCACUCCUGCAACCACAGAAUUAGUAUCACCAAGUGAGUUGGUUGUCAAUAUGGAAGACAAGUUGAACAAAGACGCCAAAGAGUUGAGAGAACUCAAAGAGAAACAGUCAAAAGUUGAGCGUGAGCUACAAGAAACAAAGGACCGUGAGGUAAGGUUGGCCAAAGAAGCUGAUUUGAGACAAUUGAAAGCAUUGGAAGCCAAAACUAGAAUUGAAAAUGACCCCGAUACUUACUUUAUGGCUUAUUCGAUGCUUAGGAAAUGGGUCGAAUCUUCAUUGGACUUGUACAAGCCUGAAUUAUCCCGAGUAUUGUAUCCUUUGUUUAUACAUUGUUUCUUGGACUUGAUAACAAAAGGGUAUGAAGUUAAAGCCAAGCAGUUUUUUGACAAAUACAAGUCCGAUCAUUUGAUUUUACAUGGCGUCGAGGUGAGGAAGUUCGCCGGUUUAUCGUUACCUGAACAUAUACAAGAGAAUGAAGUGGCGGUAGCCUAUAGAAAGCACAGAUAUAGAAUAUUGGUGUCAAAGACAUCACUCAACUUGUUGUUGUAUUUCCUUCAUGAGAAUGAGGCUGUUGGUGGUGCAAUUUUGAUACGUAUGAUUAAUCAAUAUUUGGAUCCCGUUAUUUCCAAAAAUAGACCUGACAAGAUUGACCAAGAAGGUGAAGCCAAUCCAGAAGAAGGAAUAUCCGAGUACUUUGCUAAUACAAAUGAGUUGGAGAAGUUCAAUAGCGAAAAGGAGGUAAAGUUAGGUAAGAUGCCAUUGGAUACCGAAGUUAGCAAAGAAGUAGAGGCCGAGUUGAAGGUGAAGGAUGGAAAGGUACUGCCAGUUAAUGGUAAAACACUUAGUGAAGAGUUUCAAGAAUUAACAAAGCCAGAUGUUGAUUCGCCAGCAAAAGAUUCAUUACCUUUACCAAUGAAAGAUGCAACCGACAUCAAGAAGAUGAUUUUACAAGUUGAAGAUUCUAGAUCUAAGAUAAAGUUGGGUACGAUACAAGCUAGUUCUCCUUCUGUUUGUAUGUACACCUUUCACAAUACAAACAAUGAAAUGACCUGUGUUGCAUUCAACGAAGACUCAACACUUGUUGCAGCGGGUUUUCAAGGAAGCUAUGUCAGAAUAUGGAGUUUAGAUGGUAAGCCUCUUGAGUCAGCUGUUAAAAAAGACCGCAAGAAUCAUCAGUUCCCCGAAAACUCGAGGAAAUUAAUUGGACAUAGUGGUCCUAUAUAUGGGAUUUCUUUUUCACCCGAUAACAAAUUCCUUCUCACUUGUUCUGAAGAUAAAACGGUACGUCUUUGGUCUUUGGACACAUUCACGGCAUUGGUAUCAUAUAAAGGACAUAAUCAACCCGUAUGGGAUGUCAAGUUUUCACCAUUGGGCCAUUACUUUGCAACGGCUUCACAUGAUCAAACUGCUAGAUUAUGGGCAACUGACCAUAUCUACCCAUUGAGGAUAUUUGCUGGACAUAUAAAUGACGUCGAUUGUGUCGAGUUCCAUCCAAAUUCAAACUACGUCUUUACUGGAUCAAGUGAUAGAACUUGUAGAAUGUGGGAUGUUCAUAAUGGUCAUUGUGUUAGAAUUUUCAUGGGCCAUACAAAUGCCAUCAAUUGCCUUGCCGUCUCGCCAAAUGGUAGGUGGCUCGCUAGUGCAGGAGAGGAUAAUGUGAUUAAUCUAUGGGAUAUUGGCACGGGAAGAAGAUUGAAAACGAUGAAAGGUCAUGGUAGAUCCUCUAUAUACUCCUUGUCCUUCUCGCGCGAUGGAACCGUGUUGGUUAGUGGUUCAGGAGACAAUAGUGUGAGAGUUUGGGAUGUUAAGAAAAACACCAAUGAUGCAGGACCAGAACCAGAAGCAUUUGUUACUGUAAAUAAUAGUGAAGGGAGUGAAGAGAAGAAAGGUCCACAACAGCAGCAACAACAAUUGAACAGAAGAGAUGUGAUUGCUAGCAGCGACCACAUGACUGCAUUUUUCACAAAAAAGACUCCAGUUUUUAAUGUCCAUUUUACGAGAAGAAAUCUUUGCUUGGCUGCAGGUCCAUUUCAGGGGUAA